GGUCUUCUCCCUUGGCCAGUCGCCGGCCCCCCGGCUCCUCGGCAGGACUCCGGGAGUUCUAAGAGCCCCCUCCCCCGCCCCAGCCCCGAGGGCGGCGGGGCCGGGGGGGACCCGGGGGGCCGGCCGCAGCCUCCGCCCAGAGGAAACUUUACAAAAACAAAAUUGUGACUGUCCCGGGACAAGUGGCCCUGGACGGGCUGAAGCCACAGCCUGAAGAGACCCAGGAAGAGGAAAAGAGGAGCUGUGCGGGGCCACCGCCUCCUGCUCUUCCCCGGUAGCGCGGAAGAGACCCGGGUGGCCUCCUGGUUGAGCGACACUAGCACCGCUUCUUCCUCAGUUGCGCGACGGAGCCUUCCGCAGCUGCUGCAGCUGCUGCCUCAGUCCGAAGGAGGAAGGGAACCAACCCACUUUCUCAGCGCCACGGCUCCUCUCUAAAGCAUCAAGGUAUCAACUUCUCAGAAGUCUCCCUGUGCCCUGUCCCAGUCAAUAAUUCCUUCACAAGAAAGGGAAUUUCUACCAUCAGCAAGAUUUUUAAAAGGCUAUCUAAGUAGUUGGAUUACUUCGUUAGGAUAGAUUGCCAGAAGUGGAGUUACUGGGUCAGAGGAAUGUGAAAACCUUUUCAUCUUCUGAUAGUCUAGCCAAGGUCCAAGAAGUAGCAAGCUGGCUUUUGGAAAUGAAUCAGGAACUGCUCUCUGUGGGCAGCAAAAGACGACGAACUGGAGGUUCUCUGAGAGGUAACCCUUCCUCAAGCCAGGCAGAUGAGGAACAGAUGAAUCGUGUAGUAGAGGAGGAGGAGCAGCAGCAGCAGCAGCAGCAGCAGCAACUGAGACAACAAGAGGAGGAGCACACUGCAAGGAAUGGUGAAGUUGUUGGAGUAGAACCUAGACCUGGAGACCAAAGUGACUCCCAGCAAGGACAAGUGGAAGAAAACAAUAAUAGAUUUAUUUCAGUAGAUGAGGACUCCUCAGGAAAUCAAGAGGAACAAGAGGAAGAUGAAGAACACGCUGGUGAACAAGAUGAGGAGGAUGAAGAGGAGGAGGAAAUGGACCAGGAGAGUGAUGAUUUUGAUCAGUCUGAUGACAGUAGCAGAGAAGAUGAACAUACUCAUAGUAACAGUGUCACAAACUCCAGUAGUAUUGUGGACCUACCCAUUCACCAACUCUCCUCCCCGUUCUAUACAAAGACAACAAAAAUGAAAAGAAAGUUGGACCAUGGUUCCGAGGUCCGCUCCUUUUCUUUGGGAAAGAAACCAUGCAAAGUCUCAGAAUAUACAAGUACCACUGGGCUUGUGCCAUGUUCAGCAACACCAACAACUUUUGGGGACCUGAGAGCAGCCAAUGGCCAAGGGCAACAACGACGUCGGAUUACAUCUGUCCAACCACCUACAGGCCUCCAGGAAUGGCUAAAAAUGUUUCAGAGCUGGAGUGGACCAGAGAAAUUGCUUGCUUUAGAUGAACUCAUUGAUAGUUGUGAACCAACGCAAGUGAAACAUAUGAUGCAAGUGAUAGAACCCCAGUUUCAAAGAGACUUUAUUUCUUUGCUCCCUAAAGAGCUGGCACUUUAUGUGCUUUCAUUCCUGGAACCCAAAGACCUGCUACAAGCAGCUCAGACGUGUCGCUACUGGAGAAUUUUGGCUGAAGACAACCUUCUCUGGAGAGAGAAAUGCAGAGAAGAGGGGAUUGAUGAACCAUUGCAUAUCAAGAGAAGAAAAGUAAUAAAACCAGGUUUCAUACACAGUCCGUGGAAAAGUGCAUACAUCAGACAGCACAGAAUUGAUACAAACUGGAGGCGAGGAGAACUCAAAUCUCCCAAGGUGCUGAAAGGACAUGAUGAUCAUGUGAUCACAUGCUUACAGUUUUGCGGUAACCGAAUAGUUAGUGGUUCUGAUGACAACACUUUAAAAGUUUGGUCAGCAGUCACAGGCAAAUGUCUGAGAACGUUAGUGGGACAUACAGGUGGAGUAUGGUCAUCACAGAUGAGAGACAAUAUCAUCAUUAGUGGAUCCACAGAUCGAACUCUCAAAGUGUGGAAUGCGGAGACGGGGGAAUGCAUACACACCCUGUAUGGGCAUACUUCCACUGUGCGCUGCAUGCAUCUCCAUGAGAAAAGAGUCGUUAGCGGUUCUCGAGAUGCCACCCUUAGGGUUUGGGAUAUUGAGACAGGCCAGUGUUUACAUGUCUUGAUGGGUCAUGUAGCAGCAGUCCGCUGUGUUCAGUAUGAUGGCAGGAGGGUUGUUAGUGGAGCGUAUGAUUUUAUGGUGAAGGUAUGGGAUCCAGAGACUGAGACCUGUCUACACACGUUGCAGGGGCAUACCAACAGAGUCUAUUCAUUACAGUUUGAUGGCAUCCAUGUGGUGAGUGGAUCUCUUGAUACAUCAAUCCGAGUUUGGGAUGUGGAGACAGGGAACUGCAUUCACACAUUAACAGGGCACCAGUCGUUAACAAGUGGAAUGGAACUCAAAGACAAUAUUCUUGUCUCUGGGAAUGCAGAUUCUACAGUUAAAAUCUGGGAUAUCAAAACAGGACAGUGUUUACAAACAUUGCAAGGUCCCAACAAGCAUCAGAGUGCUGUGACCUGUUUACAGUUCAACAAGAACUUUGUAAUUACCAGCUCAGAUGAUGGAACUGUAAAACUAUGGGACUUGAAAACGGGUGAAUUUAUUCGAAACCUAGUCACAUUGGAGAGUGGGGGUAGUGGGGGAGUUGUGUGGCGGAUCAGAGCCUCCAACACAAAGCUGGUGUGUGCAGUCGGGAGUCGGAAUGGAACUGAAGAAACCAAGCUGCUGGUGCUGGACUUUGAUGUGGACAUGAAGUGAAGAGCAGAGAAGACAAAUUUUGUGUAGACGAUAUACUCCCUUCCCUUCCCCUGCACAAAAAAAUAAAAAAUAAAAAAGAAAUAAAAAUAAAAAAGAAAUAAAAAUUUAAAAAAGAAAGAAAGAAAAAACAGAAAAAAAGAAAAAAGAAGAGAAAAUGAAAAAAAAAAUCCCUUGUACUCAGUGGUGCAGGAUGUUGGCUUGGGGCAACAUAUUGAAAAGACCUACAGACUAGGAUGGAAAAGAGGAAGAGAAGACAAACCGAAACUGACAAGAGAGGCGUCUGCUGUCUCAUCACAUAAAAGGCUUCACUUCUGAUUGAGGGCAGCUUUGCAAAAGAGACUUUCUAAAAACCAGGUGCAAUUAUUUCUUUAUUUUCUUCUCCAGUGGUUGUUGGGCAGUGUUAUGCUGAAACAUCGUUACCAAUUCUGCUCGCCUGUUCUUUUGCCACUGUCACCUAGAAAGGAGCUGCAAUAAUAUCAAAACAAGUACUGGUUGACUUUCUAAUCAGAGAGCAUCUACAACAACCACAACAAAAGAUUCUCCAGUGGAAAAGCUAGGAAAAAAAAAAUUACUGUGAAUUGUUUUUGUACAGGUAUCAUGAAAAGUUUUUUUUUUUUAAAUUUUAUUUUUAUUUUUUAUUUUUUUGCCAACCAUUGCCAAUGUCAAUCAAUCACAGUAUUAGCCUCUGUUAAUCUAUUUACUGUUGCUUCCAUAUUCACUCUUCAACGCAUAUUGUUGCUCAAAGGUGGCAAGUUGUCCUGGGUUCUGUGAGUCCUGAGAUGGAUUUAAUUCUUGAUGCUGGUGCUAGAAGUAGGUCUUCAAAUAUGGGAUUGUUGUCCCACCCCUGUACUGUACUCCCAGUGGCCAAACUUAUUUAUGCUGCUAAAUGAAAGAAAGAAAAAAAGCAAAUUAUUUUUUUUUAUUUUUUUUCUGCUGUGACGUUUUAGUCCCAGACUGAAUUCCAAAUUUGCUCUAGUUUGGUUACAGAAAAAAGACUUUUUGCCACUGAAACUUGAACCAUCUGUGCCUCUAAGAGGCUGAGAAUGGGAGAGUUUCAGAUAAUAAAGAGUGAAGUUUGCCUGCAAGUAAAGAAUUGAGAGUGUGUGCAAAGCUUAUUUUCUUUUAUCUGGGCAAAAUUAAAACACAUUCCUUGGAACAGAGCUGUUACCGCCUGUUCUGCGGAGAAACUUUUCUUUUUGAGGGCUGUGGUGAAUGGAUGAACGGACAUGAGAAAACUGACAGAAUAUUUUAAAAAUUGAAAUAAAGUUGCUGGUCAGUCUUAGUGUUUUACAGUAUUUGGGAAAACAACUGUUACAGUUUUAUUGCUCUGAGUAACUGACAGAAAAGGAACGAUUCAGUCUCUAGUGAUGGCGUCACGCGCAAACCAGCGCGCCGAGUGACAAGUCCAAUGGUUCGCCUCCUUCUCCAGGAGCCACGACUCAAGCUGAACUGUGAAAGUGGUUUAACACUGUAUCCUAGGCGGUCUUUUUUCCUCCUCCUGUUUAUUUUUUUUGUUGUUGUUGUUGUUUUAUUUAUAGUCUGAUUUAAAACAAUCAGAUUCAAGUUGGUUAAUUUUAGUUAUGUAACAACCUGACAUGAUGGAGGAAAACAACCUUUAAAGGGAUUGUGUCUUUGAUUUGAUUCACUUAGAAAUUUUAUUUUCUUAUAACUUAAGUGCAAUAAAAUGUGUUUUUUCAUGUUA